ACCUAUACCUGUCUUGAACGCCUUUUCACUGAAUCUUGGCGAGUGCGUUACAUCAAUCUGACCUGCCUCUCCAGCAUCCUCUCAGGUAUUUCCGUGCAUCAUGCUGAUUUUGCGACUGCCGUUAUCGACAACGUACUCGAGGAAAUCAGAGUAGGCAUGGAGUUACGCCACGAUGAUCAACGCCGCCUCAGUACUGCAAAAUAUCUUGGAUUGCUCUACAACUAUCGACUGAUAGAGUCUCCUGUCAUUUUUCAUACUCUUUAUUCGUUGAUCACCUUCGGUGUUAGUCUUAACUGUAAGUGGGCUGAUCAGAUUCAUUUCGACCUAUCCUUUCAUCUUUGUUAG